AGCUGGCAUGAGGCUGAGUAAAUGAUGAGAGAAGUUUCAUUUUUGGGUGAACUAUCCCUUUAAUGAUAGGAAUUACCUAUAUAUAAAUAAUUAUUAUUAAAGUAGAUGUUGUAAUAGCAGUAGUAGAAGCAAUAAACCCGUUGUUAUUAUUACAGUAUUACUGUGUAAAUUGGAAACAUGUUUUUGUUGAUACAUGAGAUCCUUUUUGGCAGGCAGCUGACUGUAAGUCAUUCUUGAACAUCUAAAUGGGAGAGCAUGAGUACUCCCAAGACCUGCAAUUUACCACAACUCCGAUUACAUUAUCCAGCUCUUUUCUUUGUCUCUCUGUCUAUAAGGCCUUUACUGCAUUCCUGAGAGCUACUCGUUUGUUGCUCUGCUCAGCUCUAACAGAACAGGGAGAGAAUGUAAUCAAAAUGGUCGCCUAAGACUGCCCUGAGCCACGAGUGCUGGAGGGGGAGGAGGAAAAGCCGUAUGACAUGUUUAGCCUAAUGCAUAUGUUUAUUCCCACACAAGAGCCCGGUAGUUUUUAGGGGAGAAUAUACAUGUUUUUCAGAGUAUUUUCCUGGUGAAUGGCAGCAGCAGCCCUCCCUGCAUUGCAGCAGUGUAUCAGAGCAGAGAGAGUGGAGCAGGGAAAGCCUGUGUGGCACACACAGCGGCAGCCGCCCAAUCACGCGCCUCCGUGUGGCUCUCAAACAAAUCGGCAGCACACAGCUGAGGUUAAAGAUUGACAAUCGCUCUGAGAGCAGCGGGGAGAGCAAGGCCCUUCUGGAAAUUUCUGCACCCAUCUUUUUCUCAACCCUCACUGCCUUUAUAUCUGAAAGUAUACAUUUAAAAGGCCCAGCCUGAAGAAUCUGUGUACUGUGCCAGUAAAGAAAAAGUUUGGCUGAAGGAGAAGUGAAGGCGGAGUCAGAUGCAAUUGAGGGGAUGGAAAUCGCAACACGAUCCAAGGUCUCUGAUCAAGGAUCAGUGGAAAGGGCUACCCCAAAGCGCAAGGUUUCCAGCCCCCCUCACUCCUCUAAUGGACACUCCCCUUCCGAAUCCAACUCCAGCCCUGUCAAAAAGAAGAAGAAACCAGGAGCCGUCAAUAACAGCAAAGACCAGUCAGAACUAAGACAUGGUCCCUUUUACUAUGUGAAGCAGCCCGCACUCACCACAGACCCUGUUGAUGUUGUACCGCAGGACGGGCGGAAUGACUUCUACUGCUGGGUGUGUCACCGCGAGGGCCAGGUGCUCUGCUGUGAGCUCUGCCCGCGUGUCUACCAUGCUAAGUGCCUCAAAUUGGCUUCAGAGCCCGAAGGAGACUGGUUCUGCCCCGAAUGUGAGAAAAUAACAGUUGCAGAGUGCAUAGAGACUCAAAGUAAAGCAAUGACUAUGCUCACAUUAGAACAGCUGUCGUUCCUGCUAAAGUUUGCUCUCCAGAAAAUGAAGCAGCCAGGUACGGAGCCCUUUCAGAAACCAGUGUCAUUAGAACAGCAUCCAGAUUAUGCAGAGUAUAUUUUUCAUCCCAUGGACCUCUGCACUUUAGAAAAGAAUAUUAAAAAGAAAAUGUAUGGCUCCACGGAGGCUUUUCUGGCUGAUGUGAAGUGGAUUUUGCACAACUGUAUCAUUUACAAUGGAGGCAACCAUAAACUUACAGCAACGGCUAAAGUGAUCGUAAAAAUCUGCGAACAUGAAAUGAAUGAGAUUGAAGUCUGUCCAGAGUGCUAUCUUUCUUCAUGCCAGAAAAGGGACAACUGGUUUUGUGAACCAUGUAGCAACCCCCACCCUCUUGUAUGGGCCAAGCUGAAAGGAUUCCCAUUCUGGCCUGCCAAAGCUCUUCGAGACAAAGAUGGACAAGUAGAUGCUCGAUUCUUUGGGCAGCAUGACAGGGCCUGGGUUCCUAUUAACAACUGCUACCUCAUGUCCAAAGAGAUCCCCUUCUCUGUGAAAAAGACGAAGAGCAUCUUCAACAGUGCCAUGCAGGAGAUGGAAGUGUAUGUAGAAAACAUCCGCAAAAAAUUUGGAGUAUUCAAUUAUGCUCCAUUCCGCACUCCUUAUACACCAGACAACCAGUUCCAGAUGCUCCUGGACCCAGCAAACCCUGGCUCUGGCUUUGUUAAACCUGAAAAACAAGAAAAGAUCAAGUUCUACUUUGAUAUAACGGCAUCUCCUAAAUUGCCCGUGGGCAAGAGCAUGGUGUCCAGUGGGAGUGGAGGGGGUGGGACCGGAAGGCGAAUCUCAUUAACGGACAUGCCUCGUUCACCAAUGAGCACUAACUCCUCUGCACAUACGGGAUCUGAUGGCGAACAGGAAACUCCAGAAAAAAGCCAUGCAAGAGCAGCCCUGCCCCACUAUAGCACUGGAGAGGAGUCUAUGGACUGCACUGCAUCGCCUGCCCCUCCUAGAGCAGGUCUUACCGGCAACAACUUAGAGAGCCCUAAACCAUUCCACUCACAAUCUCCCAGCACCCCUGUUAAACAGGAGAAGACCACCACCACUGGCAGUAUCCUCAACCUCAACCUUGAUCGUAGUAAGGCAGAGAUGGACCUGAAGGAACUGAGUGAAAGUGUCCAACAACAACAACAGCAGCAGGGGGCUCAGCCCUCCCUCACCUCCCCUAAGAGACAGAUAAGGAGCCGUUUCCAACUUAACCUGGACAAAACCAUAGAGAGCUGCAAAGCACAGUUGGGUAUAGAUGAAAUAUCUGAGGAUGUGUAUAAAGGUGUAGAGCACAGUGACUCUGAGGAAUCCGACAAGUCUGACUCCAGCGACAGUGAAUACGGAAGUGACGAUGAAAAGAAAUCCAAGACUGGCCAAGAAGACAAAAACGCAGCUCAAAAUAAAAACACUAAGGUGCCACUCAAGAAAAAGACAAAGCCAGCAGUGACUUCUAGUGAGGACAAAGAUAAAAGCACAGAAUCUGCUGCAACUGUCAACAUGGCAACUAAAGUAGAAACCACCCAGAAAUCAAGCCCCACAGAAUCAAUAGCCAAAGGGAAACCAGGCAUGGACUCAGAGAAAGAACCUCCAGAGAAAAUAAAAGCAACUCCUGUAUCCCCAGACCCUAGAGAGAAACCCAAGAGUUCAGAGGAGGCAAGGCAGCCAGCACCUGUGGAUGUAGACAUGGACUCAGACUCUGAGAGGGAGCUGGUUAUUGACCUUGGGGAAGAGCAGGGAGGGAAGGAGAGGAAGAGGAACAGAAAAGAUUCAGCCGCUGUCACCACACUCAAAGAGCCCACAGCCUCCAAACCUGAGGGUAAAACCACUCCAAUUUCAAGUGCUCUCACCCAGCCUCAGAACUCUGCGGUUCUCUCCUCCAGUCCAAGUAUCAAAGACCCAUCUCAGUCUCCCAUGGCCAUCCCACUUAACAUAAUACCCCUCACUGCAGCUCCAACCAGCACCACUCUGACCUCCACUACCCCUCCCUCCACCACCCACAGCUCCUCACCUGUCCCCACCAGCAUUGUAAAGAAACAGCGCCCCCUACUGCCCAGAGAGACUGUGCCUGUGGUGCAGCGGGCUGUUGUGUGGAACCCCACCACAAAGUUUCAGAUGUCCUCUCAAAAAUGGCACAUGCAGAAGGUGCAGAGGCAGCAGCAGGACCAAACGCAGCCAGCUACGCAGGCGCAGGUGCUCACGCAGGUGCAGAGUAGCCAGCAGCCGCAGCAGCAAGCGCAGGUCUCCUCAUCAUCAUCGGGACAGCAACCUUCAUGCAGCACCAGAUACCAAACACGACAAGCUGUGAAAGCUGUGCAGCAGAAAGACUCAUCACACAGUACCUCCACUUCUGCAGUCACUCUGGUCACCAGCACACCUGUGUCCGCCACCAUGAUGGCAGGAGCUACCGUCAGCUCUUCCUCUUCAUCAUCAACUUCCACAACUGGAGACUUCCAGAUACCUACCACAUCUGCAGAUGUAGCGGCUGACAUAGCCAAGUACACUAACAAAAUCAUGGAUGCAAUUAAAGGGACGAUGACUGAGAUAUAUAAUGACCUUUCCAAGAGCACAUCAGGAAACACAGUAGCUGAGAUUAGACGGUUGCGGAUUGAAAUUGAAAAAUUGCAGUGGCUACAUCAACAGGAGUUAUCAGAGAUGAAGCACAAUUUAGAGCUAACCAUGGCAGAGAUGAGACAGAGUCUAGAGCAGGAGCGAGAGCGAAUCGUGACGGAGGUCAAGAAGCAGAUGGAGGUGGAGAAACAGCAGGCAGUGGAUGAAACUAAAAAGAAGCAGUGGUGUGCAAACUGUAGAAAGGAGGCCAUUUUCUACUGCUGUUGGAACACCAGCUACUGUGAUUACCCCUGCCAACAAGCACACUGGCCUGAACACAUGAAAUCCUGCACACAGUCCGCAACAUCAUCACAGCAAGAGCAAGAGACAGAAGGUAGCACAGACCUUACUCCCAAAGCUCCUGGGCAGCCGAACAAUGGACCCAACUCACCCAGAGAGACUGUAUCUAUUGCACCUACAGACGAAGACUCUAAAGUAGAUAAAACCAAGGACAAUGUCACUGUCACUAUGUCCUAACUAAGUUGUACAAAACAUACACUAAAACAGCACUUACCUUUGUACAGCUAUAAAUAGAUGUUGUCAAAUUCUUCACUACAAAAAACUUUAGUUAAAGUUUUUCUUGCCUGAUUGUGAUUUUGUUUCUCUUAUGACUUUAUGUCUGAAUGUUCUCAAAAUAAGACACAGUGACCACCCAAACAUUUUCUUGGUCUAGUAUUAAGACUGUUCUCUGAUGGGUUUGAUUCUAAACCGAAAGAAUUUAUUUCUUAUUCUUUCAAAUCUCUUAGGUGCUUAACUUUAUCUGAGCUCAUCUUUUUAGUGUUUACAAAAUAGUAUUUAUAAACAACUUUGUUCAGGGGAAUCUGGCUAUUAAAGUUCAGAACUCCUGGUCUGAAUUCAAAUGUCAUAAUUUUUCAAUAAGUCGCAUCACUCACUUUAAAAAUGGUAACAAUGACGUAACGUUUUUAUUUCCAGCUCCAAAAGCAAGUUUCGAAUGUGGUUUUUUUUUUAUUUUGAGUGUUUUUAUUAAGAAGAGUAACAGCUGUUUAAAGGGAUAGUUCACCCAAAAAUGAAAAUUCUCUCAUCAUUUACUCACCCUCAUGCUAUCCCAGAUGUUUAUGACU